AUGAUUAAUAGGGAUAACUGGGGGCAUUCGUAUUGCGACGUUAGAGGUGAAAUUCUUGGAUCGUCGCAAGACGAACAUCAGCGAAAGCAUUUGCCAAAGCGAUCCGCCGACGUUACUACGAUGGCUCGGCGGGCAGCUUCCGGGAAACCAAAGAUUUUGGACUCCGGGGGGAGUAUGGUUGCAAAGCUGAAACUUAAAGGAAUUGACGGAAGGGCACCACCAGGAGUGGAGCCUGCGGCUUAA